AUGAAACCAGGUCAACCUUGUGUCGUAUGUGGUGAUGAUGCUACCGGUUUGCACUACAGAGCGAUAACAUGCGAAGGUUGCAAAGGUUUCUUUCGACGAACCGUUCAGCAAAAUAUUGUGUACAAAUGUAAAGGCAUUGAACAAUGUGAAAUCAGCAAGUCUUCACGAAAUAUUUGUCAAUUUUGUCGAUUUCAAAAAUGCAUGGACAAUGGAAUGAUGAAAUCUUUGGUAUUAAAUGAAACGGAACGGAUAGCAAAACGGAAAAUGAUAAGUGAUAACCGUGAACGACGGAAGAUGGAACAACUAAGAGCAGUGUUAAGAACUAAUUCAUUAGCUGAUAAACAGGACGAGUUUCAAACUCGAAUUAAUCAAGUGACUGCAAAUUACUGCAAAAUUCUAGAUAGCUCAUUAGAGUAUAAAUUCAAAUCGGACAUAAAAUCGGAACGAUUGUUAGAAUUGACCGAAUUAGUUACUCAACAAAUACGACAAUUUGCUGAGACAAUCGAAAUCUACGAUAGUUUGAAUCAUUCGGCACAAGAGGAAAUAAUUGAAAAAAGUUGGCUGGUAGUAAAAGUUUUGCAAAUUAUCCAUGAAUUCAAUCCUACAGAACGUUGUCUAAUGUUAGCCAACAAUACAACUUAUAUAGCAGCUAGAGGCGAUUAUUCCGAAUUGGAUUAUACGACGAAAAUUUUUGAAAAUUUAAUAAAUUUGGCUGCAAGUUUUCAUUGCAUGCAAUUGGAUAAUCGACAAUUAGCCUUAUUGUCAGCUUUGCUCAUUUACAAUCCGAAAAAUGUAAAAGAAUGCGUAAGUUAA